UGGAGAAAGAGAAUGGGAGAUCUCUAUGCUUUGGACUUCGAUGGAGUUCUCUGCGAUAGCUGUGGAGAAAGCUCUCUUUCUGCUGUUAAGGCUGCGAGAGUGAGAUGGCCUGGUUUGUUCGAAGGAGUUGAUUCCGCUUUAGAGGAAUGGAUCGUCGAUCAGAUGCAUAUCGUGAGACCUGUGGUGGAAACUGGCUAUGAGAAUCUUCUACUUGUGCGGCUACUAUUGGAGACGAAGAUUCCAUCUAUUCGAAAAUCUUCAGUUGCAGAGGGAUUGACUGUUGAUGGGAUAUUGGAGAGCUGGGGAACGAUUAAGCCGGUUAUCAUGGAAGCUUGGGAUGAAGAUAAAGAUGCUUUGGUCGAUUUGUUUGGAAAAGUUAGAGAUGAUUGGAUCAACAAGGACUUGACAACUUGGAUUGGUGCUAAUAGAUUCUAUCCAGGAGUUUCAGAUGCACUGAAAUUUGCCAGCUCAAAGAUUUACAUUGUUACCACGAAGCAGGGCCGGUUCGCAGAAACGUUGCUGCGAGAGAUAGCAGGUGUAAUCCUACCAUCAGAAAGGGUUUAUGGUUUGGGUACAGGGCCAAAGGUGGAAGUGUUAAAGCUACUUCAGAAUAAACCAGAACACCAGGGCUUGACGCUGCAUUUUGUGGAAGACAGACUCGCAACGCUGAAGAAUGUCAUCAAAGAGCCUGAGUUAGACAAAUGGAAUUUAUACUUAGGAAACUGGGGAUACAACACGGAGACAGAGAGAGCUGAGGCAGCGAGCAUUCCUAGGAUUCAGGUUAUUGAGCUUUCCACAUUUAGCAAUAAGCUUAAAUGA